AUGUUUGGCUUCGUACAACGUCUACUCGAUUGGUUUAAAAGUUUAUUUUGGAAAGAAGAAAUGGAAUUAACACUUGUUGGUUUACAAAAUUCAGGAAAAACAACUUUUGUUAAUUUAAUUGCUUCAGGUCAAUAUUCUGAAGAUAUGAUACCAACUGUAGGUUUUAAUAUGAGAAAAAUUACAAAAGGAAAUGUCACUAUUAAAAUAUGGGAUAUUGGUGGUCAACCUCGUUUUCGUAGUAUGUGGGAACGUUAUUGCCGUGGUGUAAAUGCUAUUGUAUUUAUGGUUGAUGCAGCUGAUCAUGAAAAACUUGAUGCAGCUAAACAAGAAUUCAGUAAUUUACUUGAAAAACCUCAACUUCAAGGUAUUCCUGUACUUGUACUUGGUAAUAAACGUGAUUUACCAAAUGCACUCGAAGUUCAAGAACUUAUUCAAAGAUUAGAUCUUUCACCAAUAAAAGAUCGUGAAAUUUGUUGCUAUUCUAUAUCAUGUAAAGAAAAAGAAAAUAUUGAUAUAACACUUCAAUGGCUUAUUCAACAUUCAAAAUCGAAUAGCCAUUCAUAA